AUGAAGCUCAUUCUUGGACUUCUCCUCUUCGUCUCAGUCGCCUCCGCCGCUGCAGUGAUCUUUGCCGCAGCUGAUCAAACCAACAUCAUCGCGAAAUGGGAUGCUGGUUUAGCGACAGCAGCGGCCACUCGAUUGAACACAUUGGACCAAAAUACACCUUUGAGCUCUCAAACAUUGGGUGGAUCAGUUCCAGCAACACAAGGAGAUGUCCACUAUGGAAUCUACAAAACUGAUACAAAUGGAAAGACAGCUAGACAAAUGUUCGGUGCUGCCUGGAACACGGCCUGGUACGGGUACAUCAAAGAGAUCGGUCUCCCACAAAUGAACUACGAUCCAAAUCUCGUCAUUGCUCUUCACACCAAUGAAAAGAAUCGAAAUUUUGCUUAUCAGCGGUCUUACAUCGGGAUCGCUAGUGUACUCAACGGCCAACGACUGUGCUGCAUGUACCAACACUACCACAAUCAGCUGCACCACUGCCAAUGGACUCUGUGUCCAGAAAUAAGUGGACUCUUGUCAAGAAGCAUUUAUGAU